AUGGCCCCAGAUCUGAACUCGGUCCCGGUUUCGCCACGCCCCAGCGUCACGAGCAACCCAUCGCACGCGCAGACAGGCACGACAAGCUCGCGCCAGAACUCGACGCCAGCCUCUCGACGAGCCUCACAAAUCUACCCCAUGAGCCCACCGCCCCUCCCUCUGGCCUCGCCAGGCGGGACACUGCCCCCGGCAACCCAACACACCCACGCCUUCCCACCGCUCUCUCCAAACCUCCCCGGCGCCGAUGCGAGCCACAUACCCAUUCGACACCCACGCCCCAUGACUGCCGCAGAGAUGCACCUCGAGCUCGAGAAGGAACAAGAGGCCGUCGUCAACCGCCUCACACGUGAGCUGUCCGCUCUGCGCGCCCACUCCGCCUCGGUAGCAUCGACAACCUCCUCGAGUGCAUCCAACGCGCUCCUCGACGUCACGGAUCCCGCUGGUAGCGCUGCACACUCGGGCGCGCCGCUGCAGGGAACCACCCACCCCACAUCCUCACGGCGCCACCGCAGUUCCAGCAGCGUGUCACGGAGCGGUCUGCCAAUGGGCACGCACAGUAUUCCACACAGUCACCGCCAGAGCAUCAGCAGCCAGCAGAGCGGGGCAGAGAUGCGCAGGAGCAGCAGCAUCGUCAGCACGCCCCGGUACGAGGAGGUUGCGCUGCACAGGGCGGAGCUGGAGGAGGCCAAGAAGGAGAACGAGGUGCUGAAGCAGCGGAUCAGGGAGCUGGAGCGGGCUAUCCGGGGCGGGGAAGAAAGCGCCAGGGGGAGGAGCGGUGCGCCGACGUCUGAGAGUUAG